AUGUCUCAUCAGACAGGAAUAAAAGCUAAUGACGCUUUGAAAAAAAUAUUCGCCAAGUGUCGAGAUGGAAAAAUUCGAGUGUUGAAAGUAUCUAUUGAAAAUGAGGAGUUAGCACCGUCUACAUCAUCAAAACCUGUCGGAAAAUGGCAAGACGACUAUAAUAAAUUAGUGAAACCACUUAUCGAUGAAAAUCAACCAGCGUACAUAUUAUUUAGGCUUGACACCAAGUCACCAGACUCCGGCUAUGACUGGCUGUUUAUCUCCUGGUCGCCCGACAAUGCACCAGUGCGCCAAAAAAUGCUCUACGCGUCGACGAAAGCCACCCUGAAGCAGGAAUUCGGAACUGCUUCGAUAAAAGACGAAUUGCAUGGCACCGUGAUGGAAGACGUAACUCUGGAGGGUUACAACAGACACAAGAAAAAUGAUGCUGCACCAGCACCGCUUACUUCUGCUGAAGAAGAGCUGGUUGAGCUUAAAAAAACAGCUAUACAUACUGACUACAAUGUUGAAACGCGACAUCAGACGCUCAGUGGUGUUGCGUUCCCUGUAACUGAUGAAGCUAAACAGGCGAUAACUGACAUGGGAAAAGGAGUCCAUGAAUAUGUUCAGUUGAAAAUAGACUUGGACGAAGAAAAAAUUCAUUUAGUUAUGACUGGUGACGUUUCUUUGGAUAAGUUACCUACCAAGGUACCUGCUGAUGCUGCCAGAUAUCAUUUAUAUAACUUUAAGCACACUCACGAGGGUGAUUACACUGAAGCAAUAGUUUUUAUCUACAGUAUGCCAGGGUACAGUUGCAGUAUCAAAGAGCGAAUGCUUUAUUCGUCAUGCAAGGCUCCAUUGCUGGAUCUUAUCCAGUCAUUAGGUGUUACAAUUGCGAAAAAGUUGGAGGUAAAUAGUGGAGAAGAGUUAGCAGACAUGUUGGAGGACCCUCCUACAAUAAAAGAAAAAAUCAUCGUCUCGACCCCGGUCACCCCGACAAGCAAUAUUCCGCAGCUAGAGAUAGAUGAUGCAAAGGAAUUAACGGAAGGAUUUUUACAAGAGGAGCUACACCCAAAAGUCAAUUUACACCGGCCAAAAUUUGCUAAGCCGAAAGGACCCCCUGGCAGAGGUGCCAAACGUAUUACCAAGGUCCAGGACUUAGAUAAGCAAGAAGAAUCAUAA